AAAAAAAAAAAGCGACGUAUUUUGGUGCUGCCAAAAUUAGGCAACCAGGCAAACAAAACUAUAUCUAAGAAUUUAACCUUGACCAUCAAUGCCUCAAAGAUGUCUCCGCUGAAACCCAAGCCUAAGCGUGUAUUGGGAAAUUCCCUAAGUCCGUCUCAAUCACCCAAGAAUCUUGCAUCAACACAGCCUAUUGAAAUUUCCACUAGAGAUACAUCUUCUUCUUCUUCUCCGUCGCCGCCCCCACCACAACAAGAUACAACCGAAUUUCAUAAAGCACCCACCUUCAAUUGUCCUAUUUGUGAUGAGCUGAUGUUGACCCUAGUACAGUUGAACCAACAUAUCGACGAUGCACAUUCUAGCGAGCCACCACUCUCGUCAACUCCACCACGAAAUCAACCCCACUUAACAGUAAAACCAACCACUAGAAAUAAAACAACUCCAACGCGUAAGAUAAACAAGAUAUCAUAUGCAGAAAACAACAAAGGGUUUAGUAUCGCUGAUGCAAAUGAGGAAUUCCUAACAUUACCCAGACCAUAUCUGCAUAGAAUAACUCGAUCACAUUGGAAAUCGUCCCAAAACUCCACGCAAUUAACUUGCAACGUUAAAGGUUGUGGAAAAACAUUAAAUAUUAAGAAUGGUAUUGUAAAUUGUCGAAAAUGCGGAGAGUUGUAUUGUAAUGAACAUACUCAUUAUAGAAUACGGUUAAGAAAUGCACAUCAAGGAGAACCGCCAUUACCGAAAUAUGAAUCUAGUAAAGCUGGAAUAUGGAGUCGAUGUUGUGUGAACUGCUACUUGGAUAAACCUGAUUUGAAAUUGGGCACUGAUGUUAUUUAUAUUGAUUUGACGACUGAAUUCAAACAAAAAAGACAAGAUAAGGUAGAGCUAUAUCACUUGAACAGAAACAAAAUCCAAAAGCACUUUAUCAAGUUAACCAACUUAUUGGCAGAACAACAACCUCAAAAGAAAUGGAGUAUAUUUAUCAGCCAUUGUUCAAUUUGCUUUGUCAAAUUCAAUUUGUUAAAUCGAAGACAUCAUUGCCGUCUCUGUGGGAGUAUAGUUUGUGAUGAUCCUAAUGGGUUUCGAAAGAGUUGUUCCAUGUAUGUGCCAUUGAAUAAACUUUUGGAUAAGUUACCAAACUUGAAUUAUUCAUCCCAUGUCAAGGAUAAUUUCGAAAACUUAUUGCAAGAUGAUUCUAAACGAUUCCGUUGUUGUGUUAAUUGCAAAGAUGCAUUAUUGUACGAUUGGAAACGUCAACGAAAACCAACUCACGAUGAUGAACAAAUGAAUCUAGUAUUUUCAAUUUAUGAAACUAUUCUAUUGCAAAAGAAUCAAAUUGAUUUUCUUUUACCAAAAUAUGAACUAUUAGUGCAUGGAACUGAUGAAUUAAACAAGAACAAAUUACGUUCUAAACUAAUGAUUAUUUUAAAAGAUUUUGAAAAUUCAGUCAUUCAGUUUAGAAAUCAACUAUUUGUAACUAGAGAUGAUAAAUUGGUUGUUAAUCCCAAAUACAUCAAAUUAGAAAAGGUAAUUAAUAAUAUCUAUCAAAGUAUUGCUAUAUAUUUACAGGAUAAUAUUGUACAAUACAAACAAAUAAGUGAGGUGCACAAGGAACAAGAACAAAACGAACUUAGACGUAUCCAAAAGGAAAAUUCUCCACAGCCACCAAGAUUAACUAAGAAGCAAAUUCGAGAAUUGCGAGAUCAAUUAAUGGUGAUGAAUGAACAGAAAUUUUUAGUGGAGAACCUAAUUACAGAGUAUACAAAAUCAAGAAGGUUUGAUGAAUUGGAUGUCUUGAUUAAUAAUAAGAAAGAGUUACAAGAAACUAUUGAUAAUUUGGAACAAGAAUUGGGAGAGUUUGGAUUUUGAUAUUUGGAUACAUAACACUGAAGAAAUUUAUGGAUAAAGCUUUGUUGGGAUGAUAAUUGUAACUGAGUAUGUAAUCCUUGAAUGUUGUCUUUAGUUAAUUAUAUAAUAUCAUAUAGUAAAAGUUCUGAAGUAAUCUUAUUAGUUUCAAAAGGCAAGAAGUGAAUUUCCCUUUCACAAAUACUACAUUCAACCACAGUCUAUUAAAAUUACUUUGUACUAAGAAUAAAUAAUUGUAUAAAUCUAUGCUAAUGCAAAAAAAAAAACCUUUAACGCUUGUCAACAUCUCCAUGGUAAAUAAUUUCAUGUCUUAUUUCAUUGCUGCUUCCUUCUGCAGUGGUAUCUUGGCUUGCCUGAUCUUCACUUUGUUCCAAUUGAUUCUCUUCGUCAUCUGCUUUCGUGUCUUCAGCAUGAAUCCAUUUCUUCAUGAAAUUAACUAACACAUUUGCAGUCAUAACUUGUUCGGCUUGGUAUAGAACCAAAGGCACUAAGAUGAUACCUAAUUUAGGAUUGUGAGCUCCAUAUUGGGAAGAUACUAAGGAUACACCCAAUGCGGCAGUUUUAGCAGGCCCACAGAGCAUGAUUGCCACUGUAUCUUUUCUAUUAUAAUAAAAUGGGCGGAAAAUCUUGUAACAAUAUUUGUAGACUGUGGUGGAAUUUUCAUCUGGCUCAGUACUCAACAAUAGUUUAACAAUAUAAGGACGAGCAUAAAGAUAUGUCAAUACCGUGAAGAACAAAUAAAUUCCAAUAUUGAAAAACACGAGGAAUAUAAUGGAUGCGUGUGAUACCUCAUUGAAUGCAUUUUGAUAAAAGGCAGUCGAGAAGGAUUGAAACAUAAUUAAUAAUAACAUAAAAGAUCCAACUUUACCUAAUUUGAAAUAUUGCAUGGCCCAUUUGGUUUGUUUUGUAAAUAUGUUUUGAACAACUUGACCAACAAAUAAUGGGAUAAACACUGACAAUCCCAAUUGUUUCAUGGUCUGAGCAUAUAAAUAUUGAAUAGACUGAGUUCCAUCAGUUUGGUGACUUGGAUUACCAAAGUCCCAUGUUCCUCUCAUGUACAUCUGCAAUAAUGCCGGAGUUAUAAAUGCCCCCAAGACAUUACCGAUGAACACUUCACACAAUGUUAAAAUAUCAUUACCAUCGGCUAAUUUGGUCAUAACGACAUUUGAAGAAACGGUGGUGGGACAUGCAUGGGUAACAAUAAGACCAACUAAUAACCAAUCGCUAAUUUCGGCAUCAUUAGAAAGUUUAAUUCCAGUCGCAAUACCAAAAAUGAUGGAACUUGUGAUUAAAAACGACAUGGAUAACACGGUGAAAUGUGCUCUCCAAUUAGCAAUAUUAACUAGCAACUGUUUUGUAGACAUUGAUAAUCCACUAAUCAAAAAAAUAAUGGCAACGGCACCAUAACUGAUGGUGUAUUCUGCUCUAAUUAACCCUCCCUGUCUGGCAAAGUUAGGAAAUGAAUGAGCUAAUGCUAUGAACACACCAAGUAAUACAAAAAACCAUUGGCCUAUUAAGAACAGUAUUACCUUGGAAGUAUAUCUAUACGGUUUUGAUUGCUUUAUCGUUUCUAGCGUAGUCAUAUCUACUAUUAUGGUGUUUAAACAAAUGUUACUACCAGAGACCGAUUGUUUUAGAAGGGAAAAUGCAAGAUAUUAUAUAUGAAAAUGAGUAAUUAAACCGUCCAACGAUAUAUUGUGAAAAAAAAA